AUGGCAAUUCGCAAACGUAAGCAUAGAAGCCAUAUAGCUGGCGACACCACAUCGAGUGCUAUUAAAUUGACUAACGGCUCCAUUACGGACACUCUUUUGGGCACCAUCUUAACAACGGCAACGGCCACAGUGGCGCCCGCUGCCAGCUCCUUGAUUUCGAGCAUUGCUGCCACAACAACAAGAGCAACAGCGGCAGCAACAACAGCAACAGCUUCAAUAAGCACUUCCCAUUUGGCAUUGGUCAACGAUGCAACCUCAUCCACCUACUAUGCCAGCUUGCUGAACAUGUCUCCGGCCACGACGAGCCUGAUCACAGCCGCUGCUGCCACCAAGUCCUACAACGAUAGCAUACUGCGCUGGGAGCAACUAGACGGAAGUGUGGACUUUGGCUUCGAUCCGCUCUAUCGCCACUCGCUGGCAAUGUCCAUUGUCUACUGUGUGGCCUACAUCGUGGUGUUCGUCGUCGGACUCAUCGGCAACAGCUUUGUCAUCGCCGUCGUCCUGCGUGCUCCUCGUAUGCGCACUGUCACCAACUACUUCAUUGUCAACUUGGCCAUUGCCGACAUCCUGGUCAUUGUCUUCUGUCUGCCCGCCACGCUUAUCGGCAACAUCUUUGUGCCUUGGAUGCUGGGCUGGCUGAUGUGCAAGUUUGUGCCCUAUAUACAGGGAGUCUCGGUGGCGGCUUCAGUUUACAGCUUAAUUGCCGUGUCGCUAGACAGGUUCAUUGCCAUCUGGUGGCCAUUGAAGCAGAUGACAAAGCGACGUGCACGCAUCAUGAUAAUCGGCAUUUGGGGCAUCGCAUUGGUAACCACCAUACCAUGGCUGCUGUUCUUCGAUCUGGUGCCUGCUGAGGAGGUCUUCUCGGAUGCACUCGUCUCCAGCUAUACGCAGCCCCAAUAUUUAUGCCAAGAGGUCUGGCCGCCGGGCACCGAUGGCAAUUUGUAUUUUCUGCUUGCCAAUUUAGUGGCCUGCUAUCUGCUGCCCAUGUCCUUGAUAACACUGUGCUAUGUGCUCAUUUGGAUCAAGGUCUCCACGCGCAGCAUACCUGGCGAACUGUCCAAGGACGCGCAGCUGGACCGCAUGCAGCAGAAGAGCAAGGUGAAGGUCAUCAAAAUGUUGGUGGCCGUGGUCAUAUUGUUUGUAUUAUCCUGGUUGCCGCUCUACGUGAUUUUCGCACGCAUCAAAUUUGGUUCAGAUAUAUCGCAGGAAGAGUUUGAGAUAUUGAAGAAGGUAAUGCCGCUUGCUCAGUGGCUGGGAUCUUCUAACAGCUGCAUCAAUCCCAUACUCUACUCCGUCAACAAAAAGUAUCGAAGGGGCUUCGCAGCCAUCAUUAAGUCGCGCAGCUGUUGUGGAAGACUCAGAUACUAUGACAAUGUGGCCAUUGCCUCGUCCACUACGAGCACUCGCAAGUCCUCACAUUACCAUCCACAUAGCUCACGCAAAAGUCCCAGCAGUCCGGGCUUGAGGAAGACCAAUGCCGUCUCCUACAUUUAUGAGCACAACUCUCUGCGCCGCCAUAAUCUGAUGAUGAAGCAGGACAGCAAUUUGUCGCAGCAGAUGCUGCUCAAGCAGGACUCGCAUGGCUCUCGACAGUUUCUCAUCAAGCAGGAGAGCGCGUGCAGCGAUGCCUCCGGUAAUAGGCGUCUGCUCUGCCAGCAGGAUAGUAAUGGCAGCAAGGUCUCGCUCUCCAAGCAGGAUUCAAUUGUCUCGUACAUGGAGGCGCGGCGUGCCCAAGAACGUUCUGUGGACUCCACAUUGACUCAACAGGACACCAUUUCUAUUGAUUCGCGUCGGGGUGGCAUAGGUGGAAUAGUUGGCACAGGCGCGCCAUCUUCCUUGGUGGACAAGCGACAAAAGUUCGUCAAGCAGGAUUCGGUGAUUAGCUUUGUGGACCAACGACCGGAGCCACGUCGACAUCAGUUAGUCAAACAGGACUCGGUCAUCUCGUUCGCCGACCAGCGACGUGGCCUGCUCCACAAACAGGAUUCCCUGAUGGCCAAUCGGUCAGGCGAUGCGCCCACUCAUCAUGUCUCCAUCCUCAAGAAGACCGACUCACAGCUAAGCUAUGGCACCUGUUCGCCCCGACGCAAUGUGGAGCUUUACGAGUAGGCAACACCUAAAUAAACAACUACGCGCACACUCACCCCAAAGCACA